AUGGCGGGUGCACGACGUAAUGGACGGGGAGGCGGGAAGGCUGGUGAGAAGGUUAAUGGGACCACUGGCAACACUCCUUUGGCCAGCGCGGAGCGCUCUCCGGAGAAGAGCCCACUUGUGUCGGCGCAGGCCUCGCCUCGUGCUCCUUCUAAUGCGACGGCGAUCGAUGUGCUGGGGGACGCGGCGAAAGUCUCCUUGCAGGAGCCGGCGUGCGUGUAUCAGGAGUCAUGUACCAGCUCUCAGCCCAUGGAUGCGAAGGGGCUUUUCACCUGUUUUUUAAUGAAUAAGAAGAACACGAUCAGAUUCUGCGAGCUCAACAUCAACGGGCUCGGCAGUGCAGGGAAGCAAGGGAAAUGCAAAGAUUGGAUAAGGAACAAGGCGGACAUUGCGGUACUUACAGACACGCGUAUCCCUGCUCAUCACAACUUAUGGACCGAGCUGAAGCCGUCUGCGGUGGUGGCCGUGGGGCCAGCUGGGUCGGCAGGAGGAGUGGCAGUGGUGAGCUUCAUACCUGGGAUGGUUUUCACAGACACGUAUACACAUGCAUCAGGGAGACUGGCGGGGGUGGUGGUCCAUUGGGGGGACCUGGAGCUGCUCCUGGUCGCGUUAUACUUACCGGCACAGCCGGAGAACAGGGCGCCUUUCUACAGGGACUGCCUGGAGUCCUUUCUUAAAACCUUACCGAAGCUGCAGAGUGUCCCGGUGAUGGGUGACCUGAAUGUUGUGGAGGACCCAGUGCUCGACAAGUCAUCGGAGGUAGGGUCGUCGGCGGAAAACAGGAGGCUGAUGGGAUACUGGGCGGCCACCCCGCUCACUGAUGUCUUCCGCUUUACGCACCUUGGGAAAAAGGAGUACACUUUUCAUAUGAGGGCAAAAGGAGUAAGCACCACGAUUGACCGCGCGCUGGCGACGCAGCCGCUGCCAGGAAAACUGGUGGAGGUGCGACAUGCGGACAUCACGAACAAGAUGACAGACCACUGGUGUGCGGUGGUGGUCGCGCUGGAGUCGUCAGUGGCGGUCGAUAGGGGGCUUGGCAUCUGGAGACUGAGGGCUGCUCAAGCAAAGAAGAAAGGGGUUAGGAAUCGGGUGGAGCGAGUGCUCAAGGACGCAGGCGGGGACCUCGGCAAUAUGUUGCCCAGGUUAACUACGUGCCUGAGGGUGUACACACGGGAGGAGAAAAAGAGGGUCGGGGCGACUAAAAGGCACCUGGAGAAGGAGGUGAAAAUAUACAGACAGCGGCUGCGAAGCCCGAACUGCAAGCGAAUGGGGACAAUCUUGCUCAAGAAAGAGGAGCUGCUUGACGCGUAUGAAAAAAGCCACCAGGAGAAGCUGCAAGAGUGGCUCGGGGUGAAGGCGGAGCUGGAUGGGGAGACGACAACCGGUUUUCUGUCUGGAAAAGUGAAAAUGCGCAAGGCCAAGACGGAGAUGUCAGCGGUGAAUUUCAAGGGGGUAACUCACUCGGGUGCGAGGGAGGUGCUGGUGGCGGCGACUGAAUUUUUCAAAGACUCUUUCGGCGGUCGUGGGGAGGCAGGCUCAAGCGCGUUGGAGCCGAGAGUUAUGCGCCGAACGUUGUGCGACGGCAGCCGGAAUGCACUCAGUGCACUGUGGUUGGAGGAGGAGGUCCGGACGGCGGUACGCGAGCUAGCUCCAGGGACGUCGCCCGGGCAGGACGGUCUUCCCAAGGAGCUGUUUGAGCAUAACUGGGACUUGCUGGGCCCGGUACUGAUGAAGUUCGUCGGCGAUUUCACGCGGACGGCGGAACUUCCUCGGGAAAUCUCAACUGCAAUCACAAUCCUGUUACAUAAGUAG